AUGCACAAACUCACAGCACUUGCUCUCGCCACAACCUUUGCUAUGGGGAACUCUAGACAUCAUGGUGCCACAGGAAAUGUCAAUAUUAUCGUGAAAUUCGACAAUCUCGUUGUCAAGGGCAGUGAUAAUACUACUUCCAUUGGCAUCUAUAAUGGACUCAACUUUUCAAAUAUUUGGGUGGGCUAUCAAGCCUCUGCUGAUACAAUUGAUCUCAACGGGUCGGCUGCCUAUGGAAUUCGGUCACCUUCUCGAAACAAGGUCGGUGUCUGGCAGGAUGAGGUUGGCAAAUCUCCGCCUUCCUUUGGGGUACACUACUUGGGAAGCAAGUUCGACUCCUUUGAUCUGAAAUCAUUCAAAUGGGGAUGCGCGCCGGAGAUGGAGCCGUGCGCCUUUGCCGCGAUAGGGAGUCGAGAAGGGGAAGAGGGAUCGAGCCAGUCAUUCGGCCAAGACCAACCUGGUGGCGACAGGUUUGGUGUGGCGAUUACCGAACCACUAUAUUUCACGAAUGUCGACUUGGUGUCCUUUCGUACCGAUCCCCUUGAUACCAACAAAGUCAACGGAGAUGUUUGGAUCGAUGAGCUUGAAUUAAUCCUGCACCGGCGUGGUCCAUCUAGCCUGACCACCACUGCACCCCCGACCAAGACCCAACCAGUGCCUCGUCCCUUGUUUACCAAGUCGCCAGUACCUCCACAUCUGGUUCUCAACUGCCCCGAUAUCUGCGUCGCCAAUUCCGACGAUUGUGGUCAGAACUGGGGUGGGUGCUUUGAUUUUUGCCUGUCCCCUUGGCCCACGUUCACGCCACCAACAGUGUGCACCAUUACCUCCAAUGGCGUGGCGACCACUGGCGAGACCACAGCGACCACGGUCAUUAUGCCCUCCACGACAUCAACUCAGUCUGCCGCAAUACCAUCAUCCUAG